UUCUGUAUACAUCUUAAAACAGAUAGAUUAGAAUUCCCCAAAAUUAGAUUUUCCUACAGCGAUUAAAAAAACAGUUUCAGAUUAUUUUUGGCAUGGCGCUUGUGUUACAGUCCAGACUUGUAGCACCUCUGGGUCCCGAUGAUGGCAUCCCAUUUCCCUCCUCAUGUUACAUCUGUGACUGUAGUUAUCUGAGGGGCCCUCGGGGGUACAGCAUGUGCUUUGAGAAUCCACAACAUCUCCCGUCAGAAAAGUCCAUGUUGCUUUAGGACAGGACCUAAUUGCCACCACAUCUUCCUGGAUCACCACCUAAUACAUACUGAAUUUGUCAGUGUGGGAGACUAACCUUUUUGAGUUAUGCGUCUGGGUUUCUCCGAGUGUCUCCUAGUUUUUCCUGUCUUCUUAACUGUUGCCUGAAUGCCUGUAGAUGUGUGUGUGUCGCUGUGUGUUGUGGUCUGUGUAUCAUUCUGUGUUUGUCUGUUGCUGGCCGUACUGCCUGGCCUGAUCACGCCCGUGUCUGACAGCCCUUGUCCUGUGCUUGCACAGCAUAAGCUGAAGUCUUCGCAGAGGGACAAGGUACGGCAGUUCAUGUCCUUCACACAGGCUGGGGAGAAGACAGCCGUGUACUGCCUAACACAGAAUGACUGGAAACUAGAAGUUGCUACAGACAACUACUUUCAAAAUCCAGAUCUGUACUGUAAGGAAUCCAUGAAAUCAUCAGUAGACCGGAAAAAGCUGGAGCAGCUUUACAACCGCUACAAAGAUCCUCAGGAUGAGAAUAAAAUUGGUAUCGAUGGGAUUCAGCAGUUUUGUGAUGAUCUCUCAUUGGAUCCAGCCAGCAUCACUGUAUUGGUUGUUGCAUGGAAGUUUCGCGCAGCCACUCAAUGCGAGUUCACCAAGAAGGAGUUUCUGGAUGGCAUGACAGAGCUGGGAUGUGACAGCCCAGAGAAGUUGAAGGCACUUUUGCCAAGAUUAGAGCAGGAGCUCAAAGAUAGUGGGAAAUUCAAGGACUUUUACCAGUUCACCUUUAACUUUGCCAAAAAUCCCGGACAGAAGGGUCUAGACUUGGAGAUGGCUGUAGCCUACUGGAACCUGGUUCUUUCAGGACGAUUUAAGUUCCUUGAUCUUUGGAAUAGAUUCCUCUUGGAACACCAUAAACGAUCCAUCCCUAAAGACACAUGGAACCUAUUGUUGGACUUCGGUAACAUGAUUGCAGACGACAUGUCAAACUAUGAUGAGGAAGGAGCAUGGCCAGUCCUUAUAGAUGAUUUUGUGGAAUUUGCUCGACCAAUUGUAACAGGAUCAAAACGUAAAACUCUCUAAAUCCAACCCCGACUCUGGAAAGCCAGAAUGUUGUUUCUUUUACAGUGACUUCAUAGUUUUUUUUUAAGACUUGUACAAAAAAAGAAAAUUGUAGACUUCAGAAUGAAAACAGAAGCACUUGAAACUGUCAAGAAUCCACCUUUCAGGGAGCUGAGUAAAAACUAUGAGAACAACUGGCCACAUAUUUGUCCUCGUGAGACUGAGGCGUCAUAUGGACAUUGCCAGAUUCACCUGUGUUUUUCCCGUUGGAGUCUCAUUGAUCCUGGGAGCCCCUUCGCUUUGCUCCAGGAGGAGCACGACCUGUCAGGCCACAGCCCUGUAAACGGGGAUGAGCACAGCGCUGAGAGGAGGUUCACUGGCUGUGUGUACUCUAAAGAGACUGGAGAAAGGAAGCUGAGUGUUAAGAUUCUUCCUAGUCGGCUUUGUUAUGUUGUAUGAAGCUCUGAGUGACUGUGCAAAGCUCCCAUGUCUUAUUCUAUCAUUGGGACAGAGUGCUCACUACACCAGCACCAACAGAACUGUUGCAGUUUUUACUGUACAUACUGUAUCUAUUGGGACAGUUUACAAAGAGAGCUAUAUGAAGAAUAAUAUAAAUAUGUUCAAUUUAUAAAUGCAUAAGAUGAUUCUUUUAUGUACAGUAAAUGCUAAGAUCUCUAACGGGAUGCCUCAGUAUUGUGGAUGAUGCCGUUAUUAUUGUUAGGUGGAUCUGUCAAGUCAUGGAAUCGUAAGCUUCUCAUUGAAAGCAUGUUAAACAUUUUACGUCACCUUGGGCUGUUUUCACAAAUAAAUUUUCAAUCAAGUAAAGGAAGUGCUUUAAUUUAGGUAAUCGUUCUUGGUUUGUGGUAUUAUCUGUCAGGAUUGUCAGCUGGGAGCUGGUGUCCAGUCCUAAAUGUGAUGUAGUCAGUCUUACCACAGAACCACAGCGUUUUGUUUUUUGCAACUUUACUUUUUAAUUUCUUCUGUGUAAAGAAUACAAUUUUGAUUUUAUCAGUUGAUCCCUCUGAAACAUUAAUGAAGCUAAAUUUAACUACUCAGCAGCAUUUAAUAGAAUUUUAAAGAUAAGAAAUUACAGACCCUUAGGAUUGCAUGACACAUAUCUGUAUGUUUACGGCAGCGUGAAGCCCUCCUUUCUAAAGCCAGGACACUAAAGAGGGCAUCAACAGGACGACAAAGUAAGCCUUAAGAAUAAACACCUGUCUGUUUGAUAUUUAUGUUUCUGUUCGAGCCCAUCUGUUCAGUGUCACUGAAGGUAGUGAAAAUUAGAAUAUAUUGUUGAUACAUCAUGUAAGUAGCCUAAGUAUAUUGUUCAUUUAAGAAAGAUGAAUAAAGCAUGAGUUUUUCCAUAAUGAGAAACGCA